CUAUGCCUGUCUGUGAGCCGCGAGACACUUGCUGUCACACGAUUCAGAAGCUCUUCAAGCGAGUUCCGCGUUUAAAACAGUCAUGUCAUCUGUGAAGGUGGAGUGUGUGGUGAAAGAGAGGUGUGAGAUCGGAGAAGGGCCGGUGUGGGAGGAGAAAGAAGGAACUCUGCUCUUUGUUGACAUAUCCGGACAGCAGAUCCACCGCUGGAACCCAGCAACCAAUCAGAAAGAGACAGUGGCCACAGAUAAGUUUGUAGGCUGUGCGGUCCCUCGGCGGUCUGGAGGCUAUGUGAUCGGAGAGGGACGGAGUUUCAGAGCGCUGGACUGGGAGUCCAAGUCCAUAUCCACCAUCGCUGUCAUCGAUGAAGACAAACCCAACAACCGCUUUAAUGACGGCAAAGUGGACCCUGCUGGACGCCUAUUUGCAGGUACCAUGGCGAUGGAGGAACGUCCUACAGUACUAGAGCUGAAGCAGGGUUCUCUGUUCUCCCUGAACCAGGACCACAUUGUGGUCAAACACUUCAAUCAGGUGGACAUCUCCAACGGUCUGGACUGGUCUCUGGACCACAACACCUUCUACUACAUAGACAGCCUCACCUACACUGUGGAAGCUUUCAACUAUGACAUUAACACCGGGAGGAUCAGUAACCGGCGGAUGGUGUAUAAGAUGGAGGAGGGGGAAGGGAUUCCUGAUGGCAUGUGUAUCGAUGCGGACGGUAGACUCUGGGUCGCCUGCUACAAUGGAGGCAGAGUGAUUCAGAUUGACACACAGACAGGGGUGCGUUUGCAGACAGUGAAGCUGCCAGUGGAUAAGACAACAUCAUGUUGUUUCGGGGGUAGAGACUAUUCAGACCUGUACGUGACCUCAGCCUGUAAGGGAAUGGACGAGGCAGACAUGGCCAAGCAACCGCAGGCAGGCUGUGUCUUUAGGAUCACAGGUCUGGGUGCAAAGGGCGUUCCUGCAAACUCAUUCGCUGGAUGAGUGACACAAUGGAAACACUGAAAACCGGCCCUUGUUAAUCAUUCCAUGAUGAUCAGCCUGUAACUCGACUGCACAACUAAACUGCACCCACUAACCACUAAUCUCUCUAAUAAAAUAAUGUGACUUUAUGAUUUUAAGCAAAACUCAACAUGCCUCAGUUACUGUACAUAUUUUGUCCAAUAAAAAGCUCAAAUUGA